ACGGCGUUUGACAGUUGGUAUCAGGUGAGCUAUUGGUUAACAGGAACCAACAAAAACUAGUAAACAUAAUAAACAGCAUCAACGAAAACUAGAAUAUAUACUCAAAUAGUAUGGAUGUGAUAGAUUAUGAAAUUGAAGAAAUCAAUAAGAUUGUAGAGCAAAUAAUAUGCAAUUCAAAAAUUGUUGCAUGUCUCAGAAGUCUGAUUCGAAUCAAUAUCAAGCAAACGUUGUCUCGUCAAAUUACAGUGUGUAUUCGAUUUCCAUCCAAUUAUCCAAAUGAACAUCUUUUGGUGGAGUUAAAGAGUCUUACGAUAAGUGGAAAACUGCUCGAUGGCUUAACAACAUUAGCCGAACAAAAAGCCUCUGAAAUUCAAGGAAAACCGCAGACUCUUUAUGUAUUGAAAUUCAUCGACAAUUAUCUACGAGAAAAUCCGCUGUGUAUAGCUUACGAUGAAAUUGCAGCAAUCAAGGCAUUAUUGAAACAGAAAAACGAUUUAGGCACCGGAGGUGGCGAAAUAAAAUGUUUACAAAAAACGUCGAUGAUUUCACUAAAAGUAAAUGGAGGCAAUUACUAUUAUAAAGCAAAAUUCCAUGUACCAGAAGAAUAUCCAACCAAAUGUGUUCAAAUGACCGAACACAAAUCAAACUUUCCAAUUACGUUGCUACGUUUCAUAAAUGGGCAAGCUAAAGAAAUGGCAAGAAAAUGUGCAGAGGCCCCAUUACGUGCAUGUGAUAAUAGUAAAUUUGAGGUGAAACCAAGUUUAUUGCCGUCGUUAAAAUUCAUAAUCGAAGCUGUUGUCGAUUUUCAUAAUGAAAUGUGUCCAGUUUGUGGAUUCAUGUGCUUACCCAACGAUCCGUCGGAUAUUGAAGUUAAGGAUACGGCUGACAAAUACGUAGAACGUGUAUUUUGUGGCCAUAUUUAUCAUCUUGGAUGCUUGAAAACUUAUGUUCGAACGCCACCCUUUCCACCAAAUGGAAAAACAUGCCCAGCGAAGAAAGCACAUCCACGAUCGGAUCAUAAAGGUUCAAACAUAGCACUGCCGAAAAAAACAAAGAAAACAGACGUGGAUACGUGUGGCAUCCGAAUUUCACACGAUCGUUGGGGAUUGAAUGUUAAAUUAGCUGAAGCAAGAUGGGUUCAUCAAGAGGCUAGAAAGCGUGAACUUGAAGAGGUUAAAGACUUUUUACAAUAAAAUCUCCAUCGCAAACACAAUGAAAAUAAAAUAUUUAUAUUUGUACGAUUUGCUCUAGUCUACGUUGAACUAGUGUAAAAUUAAUGUAAAACAAUAAAUAAAGUGGUUUG